AUGCCUAGCGUGAAUCUCAACUACAGCCAGAUUUUACCGGGCUUGAAAGACCCUGCUCCUGGACCAGAAGUGAUCUCCACACCAUUCGGGCGCUCACUUCUAGAAAUCCAAGGCGUGUUGAACGUACCCAAAGAGAAAAGUGCUGGUCUUGAAUAUAUCACGGUGGAUGAUAUCCACGAAGCAGUCAAGUUUGGAAAACUUAGGUUCGAUGAAAAAGACAAGUCCAAAGUCACGCUACUCAUUGGAAACUCCCAAAGACUUGUGGGAACAAUGGCCAAUUUGGACACUCCUUUGGGGCUACUCAAGAUCCCGUGCAAUGAAGACGGGUCCCAAUCUCAAAUAGACAUGGUGGAUAUAAUACGAAAGAAGAUUAUCUUUAAGCACCGACCCUUGCCCAUCAUGUGA